AAAAGAAGGACGGAUUGCAGCUCAAUGGGUUAAUUAGAGACAUUGUCAGAUUUUUUGGUUAACCCAUUAAGCUGCAGAGCUUCCCCAUUGAUGAGUAAAAUUGUCUGGCGUCAGACAAGUAAAAAAAUAAGUAGGGCGUGUGACUGGGUUAAGAUGUUAUUUACUUGUAAACACUGUCUCUGAUGAUGUUGCAGAUAAUGAAAGCUCAGAAUGGGUUUGCUUCAGUCACAUACUAGUCUGUUGUUUUUUGGUCUAAUUUAGGUUUUUGUAUCGUAUAGCGCCUCAGUCUACCUCAACUGGUUCCAGACAUGGCAACAAAGCCAGAAAACGAGGCAGUAAAAGAUGUGGAAGAUAACUUCGUAAUUUUGACAACAUUUGACAACAUGGCUGACAGUACAAUGUCUAACGCUUCCACUAUUCCUGAAAAACAAACCUUUGAAAGCCAGGAAAAGCUCUCUGAGAGUUCAGAAGUGUCGAUCGAUGAGAAACCGAAGCAUUCUGAUACUUCUAGCAGCUUGGGAGGGGAGCCAAACACCGAUAGUUUCAGCAGUUUGGGAGAUUCAAUGAUAAAUGUUUUGCCUUACUACGAAAGUUCUCAGUUUAUUGAAAAACAAUUGGAAUUGGAGAGAGAGUUAGGUGUGCUAGGGGAGGGGGAUGGAAGAGAGAAGGGCAAUGAGAUUUAUGGUGAGAAGGGUGGGUCUGCCAGUGGGAGUGGCAAGGGGGAAGAGUGUAAGGGUGAAGGUGAUAAUGUAGGAGAGGAGAGUGGGGGAGAAAAAGGAGAUGAGAUGUGUAGUGAUCACAUUGAAGGUGGUGAAGGUCAGGGUGAUGACAAGGACUACAGGAUAGAAAGGGCUAAGGGUGGUGGAAAGGGGGUAAAGAUAAGAAGGGAUGUUGUGUCUGGGAGUGAUGAGGGGGGUAAAGUACAGGAUGAUAAUGUAAAGGUGGAGAGUUAUGGAGAAGGAAGGCCUAAGGGUGGUAAAAGAAGGGGAGAGAUGGAUAGAAGUGGGGGUGAUAUUGAAGGUAGUUGGAUGCAUGUGGAGGGUGAGGCUGGUAUUGGUGGGGAUGGGGGAGUGCAGGACUUAACAAUGUCAAUAGGUGGGGGGAUGCAGAAACAGGGUGGAAUUACUGCAUUGCCAGGGAAUAUGGUCAAAGAACAAAGGAACACAGAUGAUGAGGCCAUGGAUGAGGAGAGUGGGGCAGAUACAAAGUUGGUAGGAGGGGAGAAAGAGAAGGAGGAGGAAAUGAAUAAAGGUGAGGAUGGUGAAGAUGAUGACAAGGGUGAAACAAAGGCAGGAGAUAAAGUUCAGACAAAUGUGGAAGAUACACAAACAAGUCACGUUGAAGAUAUUCCAUCAGAAGGACAAACUGAAGUUCAUCAAGAGCAUUCAAGUGCUGAAGAUGAAAUCCCUGUUGAUGACAGUACACAAGUCCAAGACGGUAGGUAGAGAAAACUUAUUAAUCCAUUGAGUGCCAGCGCUCUCCCCUUGACGAGUAAAAUCAUCUGGUGUUGGACAGAGUAAAAUAACAACGUACUAUAUGGUGCAUUAGGACACAAUGCGACUCAAUGGGUUAAUGAUGUCUGUAGUUAGUGUACAGCAAUCUUUUUUCAAAACAGAGUAUUGCUUUCACUUUUGUAUAGCAAGUUCUACUCAAAUUCUCUGUCAUGUGCAAAAUAUUUUCAAUUAGAAAGUAUUAUUGCUACUCUUGCAGAUAGUUCACAUCAAAUGGGUGAAAGUUCAGAGUCAGUGGUGGGCUCAGAUGAUGGUUUGGGAGAUCAAGGAGGAAAUAUGGAAGGUCUUGUUGCUGUUGAAAGUUCCACUGAUGCAGGGGGACACCAUGUCACAGGCUCUCCUGGUGAACCUCCCUCCAGCCAAACAGAACAAAGUCAAACUGAAUCUGCUAAUGAAGAUUGUGCCCAACCAGAUGAUGGUACCUACAACUGCAGUGGUUUUGACCAUUCCCAAGCUAACCAAGCCGGACAACCUCGCCCAGAUCUUAACCCACCUUACCAAGAUCCCCCAAGGCUACCCAUACAAUCUCAACAAGCUGACCAACAAGAACCUAACGAGCUACAAAACCCACCAGAUGAUGAGAGAGCUGCCGAGAGAGCUGCCGAGAGACCUCCACAAAGAAAUCAACCCAUUGUACGCAACCCGAGAGCCUCAUGCUGUUCAACGCUGUUCCUCGUUGCUGUUGUUGGUGUAUUAUGUUCCGUUGGUUUUGUGUUCAUCAGACCCCAUAUACCAACAAUGAUCUUCUGGCCAACCAAGGGUUCACUCCCCAAGCCAAUUAUAGAAAUCAAGACCAAGACCCAUGUCUCGCUAUCUGCAUCAAGUCUGAAACUAGCAGCCGAAUGUAAGGCUUACAAUACUUCAUAUACCAUACAGCACUGCCAGUGGAGACAAAUUCACCCGCAACCCACAUCCCCUGAGAAUACCGUUCUCCCAGGGGGGACCAAAGAUUGCCCACGUACCACAUCCAUCAAUCACCCACCUACCCACAAUGUAGAUGCCACCCUCCAGGGUUUAAAAGUCCCCACCGAUCUGGGGACCUAUAUCUUUGAGUUAGCUUGUGGACACGAACCUGGAAACUCCGCUACCAAAAGAGUUGAAAUCUGGGUGAAUGAAUUAAAUCCACCUAUAAUCUCUGUAGCCGAGCCCAAGGUAGUUGUGUCUACUUCUACAGGUACUGCAAAACUAGAUGUCUCAUGCAGAGCUGUGCAUGGGAAAAUUGUGGAGAAGAAAUGGGAGUAUAUUGACGGACCACCAGAGCUGGAGUACGUCACACCCUCGGAGAAUGGUGUGGUACAACUUUCUCAGCCUGGUAUCUACAAAUUCAAGUACAGAUGUACUGACAGCUUCGGUGGCACCGCAUUAAGGUAA